AUGCGCGUAGCGUCCGCGCCCCCUCCAGCUCCCUCCCCUCCAGAGGCGCCUUUGAUGUUGCCGGGACGGAAAGCGAAAGUGUUCGGCGAAGAGGCGCAGGCACGUGUUUUCGCAGAACCGCGGGAGGGAGGGAGGGAGGGAGGGCGGUGCUAGCACCGAGGAGGAGGGAGGGAGGGAGGCGGGUUAAAAAGCCAUCAGCUGCGGCGAUCAGGAGAGACGGCCGCGGCCUCGACAGGAACAGCAGCCUCGGUCCCGCGCAGCAGCGCCCCUCGACGUGGCUUCGCGGCGGCCCGAGCGGAUGAUGCGGCUGCCGAGCCCCGGCAGGGCGGCAGCAGCAGCAGCAGCAGCUCCCAGCGGAGGCGGUGCCACGGCCGGGCGCUGGAAGGCGACAGCAGCGACUGCGGCGGCGACGGCCACCCUUCUCAGGAGUGCCGGUCCCCUCGGGUUAAGAAGCAGCGGCGCGUCCCCGAGGUAAGGCGGACGCUCCGGGUUGCGCCAGGCAGAGAUGCCGAUUCUCUCCUCCAACCCCCGGGGGGGAGGCAGAGCAGGAUUCUGGAGACAUUUUGGUGCGGGGAAGGCGAAGGGGUAUUUUAGGGAGCGGGGACAAAAAAAAUAGAAAAUAAAUAAAAAGCAGAGCUGCUUUGCUUGGAAGGAAACGCGCCCCCCUCCCCAAAGCGCAGGAUUGCAGCUUGGAGAGAAAAAAACACCAGGCGCACUUUAAAAAAAAACCACACACGCAAAAACCCAACCCGAAACGGAUCGCAGCGACCUUUAGCAAAUGUGGAGCCGAGCAGCCGCGGAGAUCUGGAGCGCCGCUUCAAAAGGCGCCGCCUUGAAACGUCUCUCUUUCGGUCUUCUCUCUCGCGUCUGAUUGCGUUAGGGUGACGGCUUUGAAACGCAAGCGGCCCGCGGUUCCUCCCAAACGGAGGUUGGUGGGGAAAAGAGCGACGGCGAGAGAGAGAGGGGUCUUUUGAGGAGGGCGCCUUCGUUUGUUUUUACGAAAACAAAGCUCUUCCCAAACUGCUUUUCCCUUUCCUUUGCCCCUUCGCCUGAAGAUUUCCUUGUUUAGGAAGUUUGUGCCAAACUUCGGUAGAAGUCUUAUUGCAGAUUUAAUGAGGUGUUGGUAGAUAUGGCUCGCUCCUUUUAUCCUUCCCCCCUCCCUCCCCCAAACCCUUAAAAUUCUGGAGGAACAGGCUUAACCUCAUCCUCAGUAUGUAGAUGAACUAUAUGGCAGUUAAAUGUUCUCUUCAAAGCUUGUCCAGAAAAGGAUUAGUAUUUGGAUUACAGUGAUGUAUCUGUGAUGCGUAAGAACCACCUACUGCAGUAUAAUCUAUCCGUGUUUGCCUUGCCCCAAAUAUUCCCUGUGCUCUCUUUCAAAGGCAAGGCCUUUUACAGAUUUAUUACAAUACUAUAUAAUAAAAUAAAACCACACAGGCCGUUUCCAGGAGCAAAGUAGCAAGCUUUUGAGUGACACAGGGCUCCUUUGUGGGCAGGUUAAGGGAAGCAAGCUUUGGAGUUGCACAAGGCUCUUUGGAGAAGAAAGAAUGUUGCAGAAUUGGAGGGCAUGGAUGGGAGACCUUUGUGGUAGCAUCGCAACACAUGAUCCAGAUCGCUUUGCUUGUGAUAGCAAUAGCAUGUUGGGUGCCGAAAAGUGAGGUGGAGAGGGUUGAGAUAAGCCCCCCCCCCCCCGUUCUUUUCCUGCUCCAUCCUAUUUGAGCCUACGGUGGUCCCGGGGCAACCAGCUGCCGACUCAGCGCCUUGUCAGAUCAGUCAUUUCCCGUUCGUGAGGUCCCGUAAAAUUUUCAUGACUCCUAAUAUUAUUCAUCGUUGCCUGGCAGUGGUAGUUGCUCGUCUUGCAGCGAGAUCCGAAUCCUGCACUUUAUGGAGCCUUUACAGAUGCCAGCUGUUGCUUCCCCUCAACUUGGAAGCAAUUAGAGAGUCUGUGUCACCUUACGGACGACUCAGAAUCUGACCGGCUGCAGACCUCCAGGCGUACCUGGGAGGCUCAGAUUUCUGAGAAUGCAUUGUGCAUUCUCAGUGAUGUGCCAACCGAGAUCUAUAAACUGACCGGGGGGGAUAAAUCCUAAAAUCUAUGCUUGCCAGGAAGGUCAAGGCAGGUGAAGGAGAUGUAUCGACCCAUGAGCUGUCAGGGGUUAGUGGAUGCUGGAGGCUAGGAACUCAUCCCUGGCAGUUACAAGCAGUUUCGGCUGGGGAAAGGCUUUGCCUGCCUCCCCACCGGUGGAUGCUGAAGAUAUAUCAAUAAUAGGAAGCCAUUUAAACUGGACCACUUAAAGCAAUUCUUCUUUUUAAAAAAGAGGGAGAGAGAGAGAGUCUAAGAGCAAGUGGAAUAAUGCUUUACAAGUUCACAGGGGUUGAUUUGUGUGUGCAUGGGGAGAUUAUAGCCUUAAGAUCCCAUGAGAUGGGGGGGGGCUGCGUAGUGGGGGGGGAGAGCACUUCUUCAAGAAGGCGAUCUAGGAUUACUCAGUGAUUUGGCAAGCGGGCAAACCGCACGUUAUUAUUAUUUUUGGUUUGCACAAAAGAAUCUAUUCAUAUUGGCAAGCUGUGUUCUGCUCUGGGGGAUUUGUUUCCCAAACUGGAGAAACCCCACUCUUUCCUGAGUUCCCAUGCUUCGAAACACAGAGGUGGAGCACCCUUUGCUGACCUGGGGGCUUCCAGAUGUUUGGGGCUAGCAACUCCCACCGGCCUCAGCCAUCAAAGCAGUGCGGAUGGGAGGUGCGCUCCAGAAACAUCUGGAGGGGGGAGUCCCAGGCCAGCAAAGGCUGCGGCAAGAGCAGGAAUGGUGGGGCAUGAUCCGCAGGGACAUUUCUCUUGCACAACUCCACACUGAUUCCUGCGUUGCAGGGGGUUGGACUAGAUGACCCUGGGGUGUCCUUCCAACAAUUAUAUGAUUCCAACUCUCCUCCCCACUGCAGCAUACAGCUGCCCCAGUAAGCCACAGCCCCUUCUUCUAGAGCAGCCUUUCUCAACCUGUGGGUCCCCAGAUGUUGAACUACAACUCCCAUCACCCCUAGCUAGCAAGGCCAGAGCUCAGGGAUGAUGGGAAUUGUAGUCCAACAACAUCUGGGGACCCACAGGUUGAGAACCGCUGUUCUAGAGCCCUGCAUUUAUUCAUUCAGAAAGAGACAUAUAUAAAAUUCUCUGAAAACUCCUCCUCUUUCUCUUCAUAAACAUUCAGAGCAAAACUAAAGGGGGUCUGGAAAAAAUAAAAGGGAGAGCGUGGACUGCAUCAUCUUACUACGGUGGGGCAGGAGGGGUGAAAUAAUUUACUCGGAAGUGACACCUUUUUUGUGUGUGGGGUGAGUUUGUUCCUGGACGGAGAGCAGCCUCGGAGAUAAAUUCUAGCGCUGUGUAAGUAACAGCGCUAUCGGGUUUAAUCAACUGAUGGGAAAGGCGGGCUUCUGAACCGGCGGUUCCCAUCAGUGGGCCUCUGAUGCAUUCUGCGGCUGAGGAGAGGAAACCACUUGCGAGCAUGUGUAAACGUUACUUAGCCUGGUGCUCUUUUUUCCCUUUUCAAAGGAGAGAGAGAGAGAGAGAGAGAGAGAGAAGAGGACAUGAAUGAGCUCGCUCAGACGGGAGUCUUGUCUUUACUUAGGGCAGAUCAGCCAAAGCUUUGUGGUUUUUCUCAAGAGGCUGUUCCUUCCUGGUAGACCUUCUCCUGAUUUGUGGCUUGUUUCUUUUGCCUUGCAGGAGAGCCCCAUCGCAGUAGUGCUUCCCAGGCCCCGGAGGCUAUGGAAGACCACACCGGCGGGCCCAGUCUGUAGGAUGGUAGCACAUAGCAGCGUCACGCCUGAGAAUGGGAUCGCCACAGGCCUGAGGUGUCGACUUGAGCCCCCGCUGCGGGACGCCCUGCAAGCCCGAGUCCCUCACGCUCUCGGCUGUGCCAGCGCCGCGCCCCGGGACACCCACUUCCACACCUUUCGCUCGCAGGCGGACUUCAGCACCAUCAUUCGCACCAGCGCCUUGCUGGAUGAGUGCGGGUUUUAUUGGGGACCGUUGUCGGUCAACGUGGCCCAUGAGAAACUCAAAGGCGAGCCGCUGGGGACCUUCCUCAUCCGGGACAGCCGGCAGAAGAACUGCUUCUUCACCAUUAGCGUUAAGACUGCCACGGGACCCACGAGCAUCCGUGUGGUCUUCCAAGCUGGCCGCUUCAGCCUGGAUGGCAGCAAAGAGGUGUUUGACUGUCUCUUCCAGCUGCUGGAGCAUUAUGUCAGCUCCCCGCGGAAAGCCCUGGUCGCCCCGCUGCGCAAGGAGCGCAUGCGGUCCUUGCAGGAACUCUGCCGGAAAAACAUCGUGGCGACGUACGGCAGAGAGAACUUAAGGCGCAUCCCUCUCAACCCGGUCUUAAAGGAUUACUUGGAAUCGUUCCCUUUCAAGUUGUAAAGGGUUUGCAUUAAAUCGGCCAGUGCGGCUGGGAGAAAGGCGACAACGGGGGAGGAAACCAAGUCCCCAGAGGUCGCUCUCGUCUGUUGCCGCUUUUAAAAUAGCGCGCAGCUAUGACCUUGAGGGCCGGGCGGAAGCGAUCCGCUCGCUCGCGGAGAGCCCUGUUCAGGGUGAAGAGGCGGUUGUGACGGAAAGCUUGGAGUGGCUUUGGCGCAGUGACUGUUGGGAUGUGUGGAUUGCAGCCACGCAGGCAGACGUCGGGAUUUUUGGAAAUGUGUCAGUCAUGAACAUAUCUUAUUUUUGUAGCAGUUCUACUGUAUGUGGAGGAGGGGUGGAACUUGAACACUUGACUUCUAAUGUUUACAUAACUCAUAACUGAAAAACUGUUUGCACAAAGCGAGGCUACGGGAAAGUCUUGACAAUAAUGUUUUCUGCUGGGCAGAACGUGCUGUUAUUUUAUAUCUAUUUUUUUAAACGGGGUAAUAAACCUUAUUCUAAAAGUUUUUGCAAAAAACCCCAGUACUCUAGUCUCUUUGUGGGCUCUGGGUAUUUAGUUUUUGCAAGGCCACAGAUUUGGGCAGGAUUUGGGGAACUUUUGGCCCUCCCAUUGUCGCUGUGUUCCAGUUUCCUUCAGCCCUAACCAGCAUGACCAAUGGCUGGGAAUGUUGGGAGUUGUAGUUCAACAACAUCUGGGGCCCAGAUGUUCCCCAGGGCUUCAUUAUCUGCUUCUGACUUCAUUUGUGACUCUCCUUUGGGCACAGAGCAAUUCCCCCUUUUCCUGGAGAUAAUAUCAAGUCACUUACUUGAGAGUUGCACGUUAAAGCAGCAUAAUACAUUGACCUCUGAAAAGAACUACGCCUGGGAUGUAGCUCAGUCGGUAGAGUGUGAGCCUCUUAAUCUCCGGGUUGUAUGUUCGAGCCCCACGCUGGGCAAAAGAUUCCUGUGUUGCAUGGGGGUUCUCUUCUAUCUCAACCAUUAUCUAUGAUUCUAUAAUCACUGACUCUGCAUGGAGGUGUUAGAAAGGUCUUUUCUGAAAGUUGAAAUUGGACCUAGCCAACUGGAUCUUGUCCAAGUCCCUGGAGAUAAGGCCCUGCUCGUGGAUAACAAAAAUCCCUAGAGAGAGAAGGGACCUCCCAGGUAAUCUAGUCUACUGGUCUUCAAUUCGUGGGCUGGGAUCCAUUAGUUGGUCCAACAGGAGCAACAGUGAAGCAGGAGCACUGCCACCGUGGAAAUAGAUGGCAAGAGAUUAAGAAAUGGGUCCCCAAAUGCAUGUUUGGGUCAAAAGUGGGUCCUGGAAAUCCCUCAUCUAGUCCAACCCGCAACCAGUGCUUGAAAGCUGCUGUUUGUUGGCACCCGCCUGUCUCAAGAGACAAUGGAGUGCGCCUCUGGGGGUGAAGUCAAACCACUUCCACAGCAUCCCUGCUAGGUGGCUGCCCUAUCUCAGCUUCAGGCGGAAUGUACUAGGAGUAUCUCGCUUCUGCAAAGAACGGAACUCCUUGCAGGACAUUGCUUGGUGGUCAGUGUGGUCUCAUAAAGGAGACGGUGCUCUGAAAGCUAUGGUGGCCCCAUGUAGUUCUCUUAACAACCCGUGCUCUAAAGCAAGAGUUUCUCCAGCUGUUACAACUCCCAUCAUCCCUAGCUAGCAGGGCCAGUGGUCAGGGGUGAUGGGAGUUGUAGUCCCAAAACAGCUGGAGACCCAAGGUUGGGAAGCUCUGCUCUAAAGGGAGGCUCCUUCUAAAUUCAUGGCCGACACUGCAGUACAGAGCCAUGUUGACAUUCCAUUGCCUGGUCUCUCCAUGUAUUGGAAGGGUAACGUUUGGUGGAGACCUGGAAGUCUUCUGUCCAGAUCAUCUAUGGCAAAUAACAAGCAGAGAGCAGGUUGGCCACUGUCCAAAGGACAAACGCAAUGGCUCCUGGGGACAGCUUCUCAGUGCUACAUCCACCAUGUGGAGAAGACCUCUGAAAUGUCCCCAGAAGCCCCUGGCACAGAUAGAUGCAACACAUGUCCAGUGUGCUUCCAGGUCUUCCUUCCCACUCUUUGCAAAAACAACAACAACGUGGAAUGCUAAUAAAUUCCCAUUUGGGGAUGUGCGAAUGGUAGAACGCAUAACAAAACAACCCGAGGGUCCUUUUUAUGUAGCUAGUUUCCACAACAGUCUCAAGCUGGCAGGAUGUGGGUUUGCAGGUGAUGUUAUUUUGACGCAGAUCUCAAGGUGUAUCUUGACACCAUCGUCUCCCCUCCGGUGAAGACCUGGCGAUGCAAAAUAUUUAGAGAGGCUCUUCCUGACCCAGGGUGUGUGCUGGGUAUUUUGAGUUCCAGCUCCCAUCACUCACAAGUGCUGUGACGGAUGCUCAGGGAUGAUGCGAGGUGUCGUCUAACCACGUUUUGGUGGAGAAGGUUGAUUCAAAGAGGCAAAGUUCAGAGCGCCUAAAGCAGUUGGGCAAAUGUUUGGCCCAUGGGAUGUUUCUGAACCACAGCUCUCAUCGUGCCUUGCCAUUGGCUGGGCUCGUUGGGGCUGAUGGGAGUUGUAGUUCAGCAACAUCCGGCGGGCCAAAGGUUCCCCACGCCUAACGUACAAUAAGAGCCCAGAAUGCGGAAGAUUCCCAGGUCCAAUUCCUGACACCUCCAGUUGUAGAAUUGCGCUAACAGUGCUGGAAAGACCCUGUGGGAAGCUUGGAGGGGAGGAGGGCUCUUAGCUCAGCGGCAGGACACCUGCUUCGCUUGCAGAAGGCCCUUGGUUCCUCUCCAGUUCAAAGGACCAGAAGCCCAAGGGGUAGGAUAGCUGCUCAGCUACUGCCAGCUGACUUAGAUGGAUGAACCACCUGGCUUGGAGCAAAACGGCUUCCAAUGGUCCCAUCUGUCGCAGGGUGCAUGGCCUCUGCUGUGGCUGGCUGGGCAUGCUCAGUCUCAGGAAGAGAGCAAGGAACUUGGCAGCGGGAUAACUCCAUUCGUGCGCUUUUGCGCUGAGCAUACAGUUCCAGAGGGCAAAGGUUGGGGACCCUCUGGGCAAAAGGCAGCGUGCAGUAAACGUUAGCAUGAGGAUUGUGGCAUCAGUUGAGUCAGUGCAAGGCAGAUUCCUCGGUUCAUUUGGAGCUGUUGUUCUAAUACUAAUAAAUUUAUUAUUUAUACCCCGCCCAUCUGGCUGGGUUUCGCCAGCCACUCUAGGCAGCUUCC